UGCAAAGUCCUCCAAAAGCCGACCUCGUCCUGGGUCUUUACAGAGCUUUGUCUGGUUGGGCAGAUAGUGAGUUCUCUGAAUACUCUUUUGAAAAGUGAGGAUCACCCUGCAAGGUGUAGUCUUCCUUGAUCGUGUUCCUGCUUAAGCUGGAACGUUCACGUGGAAAGUGCUAGGUCUCUACAAAAUACGCAGUUACUUUGCAACCUAGUACAGCCAGGUCAGAAGUAAGCAAGCGGUAGGCUUUUGGUUUGGUGGACACCGUUUAACUGCAAGAUUCCUUCUACUGAAAGUGAAACGCAACGCAGAGCCCAGAGCGUGGGUGCAGCUCAGUGGUGAAGUGUUCGAUUGUCGUGCCCUGGGUUCAGUCCCAGCACACAGAAUGAACCAAAAGAAACGGCCGAGCAGAGAAGCCCGCUGUGGUAGAAUCGGGAAGCCGGUUCGCUGUGUUCUCAGGUCUCUUCCCCAUGAGAAACCCCAUCAAUCUUGUCCAGCGCUGCCCUCAGGAGAUCUACAGUGGGUGAGCUGCUGGCCUCCAAGCUGGGAUGGAAAUUCUAUGAUGCUGACGAUUACCACUCUGCAGAGAAUCGGACGAAGAUGCAGAAGGGGGUACCACUGAGUGACCAGGACAGGAUUCCCUGGCUGUGCAGCUUGCACGACAUUUUACUAAGAGAUGUGGCCUUGGGACAGCAUGUUGUUCUGGCGUGUUCAGCCCUGAAGAAAAUGUACAGGGACAUCUUGAUACGAGGAAAUGGUGGUGCGCAUGCGCCAAGUGAGGAGCCAGCAAAGGAAGAAGCGCUGGCUGGCGCGAAGCUCUUGGUGGUCUACCUCUGCGGGUCAUUCGAGAUCAUUUCUGGUCGCUUGCUCCAAAGGAAAGGACAUUUUAUGCCGCCCGAGUUACUGCAGUCCCAGUUCAGUAUUCUGGAGCCCCCGACAGCUCCCGAAAACUUCAUCCAAAUCAGCGUGGACAAAAGUGUCCCAGAGAUCGCUGCCGCUGUGAUGGAGGCCCUGAAAUGAAGUGAUCGGUUCACAUCGCCCUCCGCUUCCAAGCUCCUCAUAUGUGCAUUCUGAAUUCCUUUGUCUUUUGAGACAGGGUUUCUCUGUGUCUGUAUCAUGGCUGUGUAUGUAGCAUGACCAACUCGCUCUCUUGACCAGACUGGCCUGGAACUCAGAGAAUCCCAAUGGCUGGGAUUAAAGGCCAGAAGAUGGCACCAGAUCUCUUGCUAGAUGGUCGUGAGCCGCCAUGUAUUCCGAAUUCUUAACUGAAAACAAACCACCCUGUUUGGAGGUUGAUGUUUGACUGUAGCGGUAGGCGUCUGGUGUGCUUGGCGGUGUGCAGCUGUGGCAGGAGACGGACGUUAAAAGUUAAGCUUAAACUGAAGUUUAAUAUGUAUAAUAUCACCGGAUGGUCAGAGGAAAUCCCGUAAUCAGUGCAGGAAAAUACUACCUGGAAAAUAAAAGGACGAUGGCUCGUGCCUAUAUUUAUACAAAUGAACAAAACUUGCUAUCCUGGGGGCGUGCUGGAAGCAGGUCUCGGCAGUAGCAAUGUGAAUAAAAUCCAGCCAGCUACGGCCACACCGCCCAGCACAGAGGCAACUGUUUAAAUAUUUUAGGUCAGCACACAAAACCACAGGCUGUUUUCUUUUAGUAUAUCAUUUCUCUUUAGUCGUCGUCAAGAUUGGUUUUUGAGACAGGGUCUCUCUGUGUAGCUUUGGUUGGCUUCAGACUUGGGUUUACCUGCUGCUUCCUCUCCUGUGCUGGAUUGAAGGCGUGCACUCCCACAGCUGCUGUCAUUUUUAUGUGUGUCAUUAUACUUUUUCCUAAUUCAUUCCCCUCUCUCACUGCCUUCCCCUCCACCCUUUCCUGAUCUUCUCUUACUGGUUCCUCCUCUGCCCAGGUGGCCACCUUCCCCAAUUCAUGGCUCUCCACCCUUUCCUAAGAUUUCCUCCUGCUCGAUUUCUCUCUCUCUCUCUCACACACACACACACAGCAUAUAUAUAUAU